CACUUCCUGCUACGCUGAAUCGCUGCGCUACCAGCGCGCGCACGCUGCGCUGAACAGGCAGCCAAUCACAACGCUAGUUAGCAGGGCAGCCAAUAGCAGGGCAGCGGUCGUUCUAGAACGCUAGGCAGAAUUGACAUUCAGUUUGUAACGAAGCAGCAGCGCAGCAGUUGCAAAGAGAACUUCGCUACUAACACAAACUUUACAGCACAUCAGGGAAAAAAGGACAAAAAAGGCUACCGGUUUUUCACCUUCUAACUUCGGCUUCAAGCUCCAAGCUUCUAGCUUCUACUUCUGAUUCUACCUCCGAUUCUACUUCUGAUUCUAACGUCAGUUCCACUGAAAACCAAUAAAAUACAAGAAGAGUGGAAUCCUGUGUCCAAGUCCUUCCCUUUCAAGUGUGGGAAACCCUGAUGCUCACAUACACUUGACAGUGAAAAACCGAUGCACCAGUGGAAACUGACGACUGCCAGACAACUGCCAGUGAAUCACCGCUGCACCAGUGCAUCAAACCGAAACCAGUGACCAAGAAGCAAGACUCCACUCGUGCCACAACCCAACAGAGAGGGAAGACACUUCACCUGGGGGCCUGGAGGAUAAAGCUUGAAGUCAUCUGGAAAAAAGAAACGAAAUGGCGAAGUCAUUAGAAGAACUGAAAACAGAGCGAACCACAGCCAAAAGACUUUUCUCCCGUCUUGCUAACUGCAUUGCGAGAACACACUCAGAGAUGACUGUGGAGGAGCUAAAGCAAAACUUCACCAGGCUUACAUGGCAGAAGCAGCCGCAGCCGCUGUAGAGGACCUGGGCGCCGAGAAGAAAGCCGACCUGGAGAAGAUAGAGGCAUACUGUAAGCAGAGGACUAAAGAAGCAAAGCUCCUAAUUCAACAAACACUCUGGGAAUCGUAUGGGGAGAAAGAGCUGCCCCUUGCCCUAUACAUCGCUGAAGCUGACUGCAAGAGCGUCUCCUCUGCCCAGCUCAACGUGACUCUGGAGGCAUACGAGUUCAUGCUGAAGCACUUUGAGAUGUUGGUGCUGAAGGCAAAAGAAGCGCACCGUGACUGGAACCGCUGGGCUCCCGCUGCAGAACAAAGAGACUUUGAUCACCGCAUGACAGAGCUCGAAGUGCAACUUCCCCAGCUGGUGUCGCGCAAGGCCACCUUCAUCAAAGCUGCAAAGAUCAAGACAGAAUCUGAAGAGCCCACUGUCCACCGUACAGCUCCAGUGCCAGCAAUAAAGCUGAAAGCCACAGCCCUUCCAAAGUUUGCUGGCAACCAGCGAAGUUACUACAGGUGGAAGAAGGAGUGGGAAGCUCUACAGAAGCAGGGUGAACCGACAGGGUCUAGAGAGGUCAAGAAAUUCCAGCUGCUCGACAGCAUUGAUGAAAAGGUGGCCGAAAACCUACACCUGUCGACCUACAGCUCCUCAAACGAAAUCUUCAGAGUCCUGGAUAACCGGUUUGGGAACCAAGCCAACAUUGCUCUCGAGAUCAUUGAAGAUCUACAAGCAACUCCUGCAGUCAAAGCCGGCCAGCCAAGAAGAGUCAUCGAGCUCAUCCAAACAGUGGAAAAAGCUCUCUACGACUUAAAUGAACUGGACAAUGCCGAGGCCAUAAAGAACCCCAUUGUGACCAAAUCCAUUGAGGGCAAGCUUCCAGAAACUUUAAAGAAAGACUGGCUCACCUAUGCUGCUGAUGUGAGUAACGCUGUGGACCAUCACAACCGCUUUGACAAGCUGCUGGCUUACCUAAAAUCACAGGAAGCCAUAUAUGAGCAACUUGACCAACUGAAAGAUGGCGUUGAACCUGCCAAGGACAAGACCAAGUUCCUGAAGCAAGCCAGAACAAAAGCAACCAACAGUCCGGCAGUGUCAUCCAACGGUGACGCAGCAGGCUGCAUCGUCUGUGGUGACCCAAAGCACAGAAGAAAACUGUACUUCUGCAGAAAGUUUAGAACUGACCUAAAGCCAUCGGAGAAGAGGGAUGCAGCACAACAACUCGGUGCCUGCAAAAGAUGCCUCGAAGUCCACACUGGUGAAAGCUGCAAGAAAACCACUUACCUGUGCGGGAAUCCAGAAUGCAAAGACCAACACCACUUCCUCCUCUGUCCAGUUACCAGACCCCAGUCCCAAAGAACACCCAAGUUCAGUCCAGUGAGGGCUGAGGGCAGAAGACUCACUGAAACCCAGGAGCAGUUCCUCUCCAAACUCACACCAGAGCUGGCACAACAGUGUCGAGAUGCCUUCUGCAACAUAGCGUCCAGGGCAUUCAACUCCAGUGCUGCUGAGAGAGGUCUUCUAGAUGAACACUGCCUCACCGAGUACCCAGUCAUCCUAAUGCUCCUCAAUGUCACUGCUAAUGACGGACAGAGUGUCGGGACCCUCAUCGACCUGGCAUCAGACACAAACUACAUAACGCACAAAGCUGCAAGCAAGUUGAACCUGAGAAGUGAAGACGUUACACUGGUGGUUCAUGGCGUUGGAGGGAUGAAGGUGUCUGUUGCAACCAAGCGCUACCUGCUUAAGAUACGUGUCAGCACCCCAAGAGGGACACUCAAAGCACACCAACUCAUCUGCUAUGGACUUGACAAAAUAGCGGAAGUCCACAGACAUGUCCCGGCGAAAAAACUGCAGAGAAUCUUCUCAGACAUCUCCCUGGAAGAUCUGGCAAGACCAAAGGAGAUCCAACUCCUCAUCAGCCACAAAGAAGGGCAGCUGGUACCCCAGAAGGUUCGUUCCGUCGGUGACCUGGUGCUCUGGGAUGGCCCGCUUGGCAAAACCAUUGGAGGCACACACCCGGACCUCUUUGAAGAAGUCACUUUAACGGCCCACACCUCCAAGACUCACUUUGCAAGAUCCAUGCGCACUGCAGCUGUCAGAUACACUGAACUCACCUGCAAAGUCCCAGUUUCCCGCCAGUCUCCCAGACAUCCCAGCUCCCAGUCCAACACAGCCACUAGCAACAGAGACUUCCUGAAGUGGUGGAAAUGGGAAAGCAUUGGAGCAGCUUGCGAACCGAGAUGUGGAGGAUGUCGCUGCGGGAACUGUCAGCCUGGUGGGAAAGAAAUGACACUGGCCGAAGAAAGGGAAAUGGAGAUGGUGAGGGACGGCUUGACUUAUGUGGCCGGAGACCACCACAGCCCUGAACCACACUGGCACGCCAAGUACCCAUGGAAAGAAGACCCAGCAUCUCUUCCCAACAACAAGAAAGCAGUUGAAGCCACGUUCCGCAGAACUGAGAGGCAGCUGGCGAAGGAACCGGAGUGGAAAGUGGCCUACGCCUCACAAGUCCACGAAAUGGUGAGCCGCAGAGCUGCAGUGAAGCUGUCCAAAGAGGUUCUGCAGAGCUGGACCGGGCCAGUGUGGUAUAUAAGUCACCUGAUAGCCCCAAAUCCACAUUCAGUCUCCACCCCAGUGAGACUAGUAUGGAACAGCAGCCAGAAGUACAGUGGCCUCAGCCUAAACGACAUCCUGAUCAAAGGCCCUGACGUCCUGAACCCGAUCAGAGGUGUCCUGCUGAGGUUCCGCGCUGGUGUCUUCGCAGCUUUAGGGGACAUCCGCAAAAUGUACAACUCUGUCUGGCUUGAAGAAAGAGAAGUCCACCUGCACAGAUUUCUGUGGCGUGACACAGAAGAUGCAGAGAUCGAAGAAUUCGCCAUAACAAGAGUCAACAUUGGAGACAAACCUGCUGGUUGCAUAGCCCAAGUUGCCAUGCGAGAGACCGCCAGCCUGCCUUCAUUCAACCACUUCAAAGAGGAGAGACGUGUCCUCGAAGAGGAUGCCUAUGUCGAUGACAUAUUGACUUCCCACAACAACCUCGACCACCUGAAACGCCUUACAUCCAACAUUGAGCAGAUCCUUCAAGCAGGAGGGUUCUUCAUGAAGCCCUGGAUCUACUCGGAUCAAAGUGGGAGGAGCGAGUCGAGAGGUGAGAAGAUCGAGUCAAACACCAUGAUCCUGCCAAACCAACUCACCGAAGAGGAUAACAAAGCCCUGGGCCUCGGCUACACCGUCGACGAUGACAAGUUACAUGUCAUGGUUGCAGUGAACUUCUCCAAGAAGAAGAAGAAAAUGCGCCUCGGCCAGGACCUGUUGAAAGAACAAGUGAGAGAACAAACCCCCCUUGACCAUAAAGGUAACCCUGUGAAAGCAGAAAUGUGCGGAGCAGUCUUUGCAGCACGGCUGAAGAAUUACUUCCAAAAGCACUGCCGAAUCGAGGUCAAGAGGUGGUAUCAUCUAGUCGACAGCCAGACCAUCUUGGGUGCCAUACAGCAUGAAAGUUAUGGAUACCAAACCUUCUACGCAAACAGAGUUGGUGAGAUCCAGAGCAGCACUGACAUCCGAGAUUGGUGGUGGAUUCCAAGUGCCGAGAACAUUGCAGAUAUUAUCACCCGAAGGGCCAGUCCUGAUGACCUAAUCGAGAAAUCCAAGUGGCAGUCAGGUCCGCAGUUCCUUCAGCUUCCUGAGAGUGAGUGGCCAAAAAAGUCAGCGAAAGAUGUUGCUGCACAGGCAAGAGACGUCGUCACAAAAAUGCAGAAGAAAACAUUCACUGCUGUACUCACCCGAAGUCAGCUGAAGACACAAAGCCCAAUUGCAGUCCAGUGCAGUCCAACAGGAGCAGCAGUCCAAAAUCUAUUGGACGAAAAGCGCUUCAGCAGUCUAAGACGGCUGGUCGGGACGGUUGCACGGAUUUGGAGGGCGGCUAAGAAGUUCUUGCGUGCCAAGAGGGGAGAUGAAGCAAAGUGGGAGGCAAUACCUUCAUCUGGCGUCAUCACUGUCAGCGAAAGGAAAAACGUGUUCCUGAAACUAUGUCUGGCAGCGCAAGAAGGUGUGAACUUCCCAAAUACAACUACUGACAGGCUUGUUGUAUACAAAGACCAAGUAACUGGGAUCCUGAUGUGUGGAGGGCGGAUACAGGCCUUCAAAGAGGACCAUAAUGCUGUUCCCCUGCUACCAUACCAAGCCUGGGCCUCCACUCUCCUGGCCCAUGAAGCACACAGUGAGGGACAUGACGGAGUGGCAGGAACUCUGCUGCGGAUGCGAAAGAGAGCCUGGGUGAUCAGAGGAAGAAUUCUGGCCCAAAAAGUUGUCGACAACUGCAUCAUCUGCAAGAAGGAAAGAGCUCUGCAAAGCCUUGGUGGUGGAGGAGGCCUUACCUUCAGUGAGUUCCUGAAAAGUGCUUAAGCUAGCUGCUAACCUUGCCAACGAAAGGCCAAUCGAUGCCAGAGUUCAGAGCCGUGAGGACCGCAUCAACUACGUAACCCCAAACACACUGUUGCUUGGCCGAGCCACACAAACUGGAGACUUCAAAACAGUAGACUACACCACCUACUCCUUCAAGAGACUGCGAGAAAUGCAAACACAAGUUAGCCACUUCUGGAGGUCCUGGAGCCAACUUGCAGGUCCGAACCUGUUCAUCCGCAGCAAGUGGCACACUGCAAAAAGGAAUGUUGCCGUCGGAGACAUAGUGUGGCUCUGCGACCAAAACGCACUGAGGGGGCAAUUCAAGCUUGCAAGAGUGGUCAGCGUGAGUGCAGACUCCAAAAGCAUUGUCCGGGAUGUUCAUGUGAAAGUCCCCCUAGGUGGACGUGCUCGAGUGAAGACUCCAAAGCCAACCGAAAAGUCCUGGGACCCACAGGGUACCACACUGCAUCGGGAUGUGCGACGCCUCAUUGUCCUCCUCCCAGUGGAGGAACAAGUCAGCAGAGACCAGCUCGCCUGAUGGGUGCGAUCUUCCCGUGUCGCGCCACACCAAGAUCGAGUGGGAGGUGUUGCGGCGACCUGCCACAAGGAGUGCCUGAACGCAAGCUCACAUGAUUGACAGCUGCCUCCGCCACUUCCUGCUACGCUGAAUCGCUGCGCUACCAGCGCGCGCACGCUGCGCUGAACAGGCAGCCAAUCACAACGCUAGUUAGCAGGGCAGCCAAUAGCAGGGCAGCGGUCGUUCUAGAACGCUAGGCAGAAUUGACAUUCAGUUUGUAACGAAGCAGCAGCGCAGCAGUUGCAAAGAGAACUUCGCUACUAACACAAACUUUACAGCACAUCAGGGAAAAAAGGACAAAAAAGGCUACCGGUAAACCCACUGAACUUUUUUAUAUGCAAACGCUGCGCUCGCAGUAAUCCGUGGGCAUGAGAAAUGUUUGUUCCUUACCUGUGAUUGGUUUAAUGUGAUUGGUUUAAACUUCCUUUCUCAGUGGCGUGUAGUAAAAGAUCUUCAGUUAAAGUGAACAAACUGCCUGUGAAAGGGCUAAUGGUUAAAAUGGUUCUUAGUUUAAAACUGUUUUUCUGUUCAUUUAUAUUUGUUCAGCAACAUAUUACCUGAAUUAUUAAAAAUGGUUAAAAUAUACCUAAUUUACCUUAUACAUAAAUAUUUAUAUAUU